GUGGGCUGAUAACUUCAGCGCAGGUGGCUGUGGUGGGACAGAGGAGCACAGCUUCCAGCACCCCUUCCUGCAGGCUGUGGGCAUGUUCCUGGGUGAGUUUUCCUGCCUGGGGGUGUUUUAUCUCCUGGUGUGGAGGGAUCGAUGGAGACCAGAGCCCAGCAUGGCCCCAUCACAACCCUUCAACCCGCUGCUCUUCCUGCCCCCCGCCCUCUGCGACAUGACUGGGACCAGUAUCAUGUACGUGGCUUUGAACAUGACCAGUGCCUCCAGCUUCCAGAUGCUCCGUGGAUCCGUCAUCAUCUUCACUGGGCUCCUCUCUGUCACCUUCCUGGGUCGCAAACUGGAGCUGAGCCAGUGGCUGGGCAUCCUGGUGACCAUCGUGGGGCUGGUGGUGGUGGGGCUGGCUGAUCUGCACAGCUCCCAUGACCAGAAGCACAAGCUCAGUGAGGUGAUCACCG